GAGGGAAAGGGGCUGAGUAGUUGCAUAGUGAAAGGAAAUGCAUAACAUCCAGCAGCAGAAAAUAGCCCAACUGAUGAGAAGUACACAGGCAGAGGAAAACACACAUGCAUGUAGGCUAGCAAGCUGAAAAGCAUGAAGCAGCCUAGGAAUGAGAGAGUAAAAGAGAGACCCAGAUAGACAGAUAUAUAGAGAGAAGGUUAGAGAGAACAGAUGAGUAUCAUUUGUUCCAGUCAGAAAGGGAUUGAUGACGGUUUGCAUAGUGUGGGACAGAAACUGAAGCUGAGAUCAGACACCAGCUCAACAACCAAGAAAGCCACACCGGAGGAGCAACAGGAGAUAAAACUGAGAUUAAAUGGUAAAUUCCAUGAUGCUCUGGAAUAAACUGUAAGAUUAGUGCUUUUGCGUGGAUCACAAGCCAAAGAGAGGAUGAGUGCCUCUGAGCUCUGUGCUGGUUAAGGAUCUCAUCAAGACAUUAAGCUGCAUGUCAGGAGGUGGGGUUUUAACGAUAUGGCUCACUAUUUGCUCUGCUGGGGAGGCGGGGCAUUGGAGGAUCCCUACCUGUAUACUCCCUUGCCAGAUGUUUAUCGGGAACGAGCAUCAGGACUUAUCUCACAAUCUGACCACGAGGAGACACAGCGCUUGGCACUGGGCAGCAAUGACAACAUUGUCAAUGGUAGCCAGGCUGACCUGCAGGCUGCCAAACUGCUGGCCAAACGCCUCUACAACCUGGACGGCUUCAGGAGAUCUGACAUCGCAAGACACCUGAGUAAAAAUAAUGAUUUCAGUAGGAUGGUGGCAGAGGAGUACCUGAGUUAUUUCAACUUUGCAGGCAUGAGUGUGGAUCAGGCUUUGAGAGUUUUCCUGAGAGAGUUUGCUCUUAUGGGUGAGACACAGGAGAGAGAACGAGUGCUGUCCCAUUUCUCCAGAAGAUACCUCCAGUGCAACCCAAACACUAUACCAAAUGAAGACAGUGUCCACACUCUGACCUGCGCUCUGAUGCUGCUGAACACAGACCUACAUGGCCAUAAUGUGGGGAAGAGGAUGUCAUGUGUGCAGUUCAUAGGCAACCUGGAGGGGUUAAAUGAUGGGCAGGAUUUCCCCAAAGACCUGCUCAAGGCACUCUAUAACUCCAUCAAGAAUGAGAAGUUGCAGUGGACAAUUGAUGAAGAGGAAGUGCGUAAAUCUGUGUCGGAGCUGGCCGACAGCAGGACAGACUCUGCGUCCUACACUCUGAAGAGGAUUACUAGCGGCGGGGCUCCUCUAGUGUCUCUGGCUCAGCAGUCCAACACUCAGGUCUACAAGAAAGGCUUCCUCGUGCGCAAAGUUCAUGCCGACCCCGAUGGCAAACGGACGCCUCGAGGUAAGAGAGGAUGGAAGACAUUUUAUGCCAUCCUGAAAGGACUGGUCCUUUAUUUGCAGAAGAGUGAAUAUGGCACUCAUAAGCAGCUGUGUGAUGAGGAUCUGAAGAAUGCUGUGUCCAUCCACCACUCUCUGGCUAUGAAGGCAGCAGACUACAGCAAGAGACCCAAUGUGUUUUACCUGCGCACUGCUGACUGGAGGGUCUUCCUGUUCCAGGCCCCCAAUGCGGAGCAGAUGCAGUCCUGGAUCACGCGCAUCAACACAGUGGCAGCCAUGUUUUCUGCCCCUCCCUUUCCAGCAGCCAUCGGCUCACAGAAAAAGUUUAGCCGGCCUCUUCUACCGGGCUCCACCACCAAACUGUCCCAGGAGGAGCAAGUGAAAUCCCAUGAAAUGCGCUUCAGAUCUGUCUCCUCUGAGCUGCAGGAGCUGCGCUCUAUUCUUCAGGAGCGGAAGCCCAAGGGGAAGGAGCAAGAAGAGGCCAAGCAGCGAGAGGAGUUCCUGGAGUUUGAGAAAACCCGCUAUGGGACGUACGCCAUGUUACUGAGAGCGAAGAUUCGCAUGGGUGAGUCAGAUCUGACGGCAUUUGAGGCUCGUUUGUUUACUGAUGGCACUCUGCAGCGGACCAGCUCCAGCCCCACGCUGGCACAUGACACCAGCCACGCUAGCGCCAGCAGCUGCAGUUCCAGAAGUAAGAAGAGCAGCCGAAGUGAGGGCCAGAGACACAAGCCAGCCGUGAAACAGUGAGUCCACUAUCCAGAGCACUUGAUAGCUGCUUUAUGGUGCUUCUGAUCCAGACUGAAAGGCUGAGAAGAGCAUCGAUAUGAAGGGGAAAAAAUGGCAGUUUGUGCACUACACUGCAGUGGCCGCACACGUCGUGCACUCGGAGGUGAUCCAAGAUCGAAGCUGGGUAUGAUUAGUCGCCUCGCUUCCUCAUGAAAGCAUGUUUUUGUGGCCAGUGAAUGCAAAACAGGCCUACAGAGGGCAGAGGAGUGUGAAUAUAGCCAUCCUCCCUUUAUCUUUAUCACCUUUUUAGCCUGGCUUUAUACUUCUCUUAGCUUAACAUAUAUGCUGUAUAGAAGUCAUAGACUACUUAAAGCUUUUUGCGCAUCUUUUUUUUUUUUUUUUUAUCAAACAACAUGCCCACACAAGCCAAGUACAAGACUAUCCACCACAAUGGAUCUGAAGACAGUGUUUGAAGACAAAAUCUGAGCCUCUUUGGAAGCACAUGCAUUAUCACAGAGGUAAUUUCCUUUUUUUGAUUACUAGAAGUUGUGUCCCAAAAUGUUUUUUUCUUUUCCAAUUUUCUUGCUUGAACAUACCUUUGGAUAGUAUAAUGUACGUGUAUAGAUCUUUUGAAAUCAUGUUUCGAGCAUGCUUGUGAUGUAAAGACAAUCAGUUCUCUCUUUGCAUUCCCAGUGUAUGUAUUGUAUUUUUAUUUAUUUAUUUAUUUAUUUUUUACAUGAAAGCACACUACAGCUCGCAAAAAUUAAUAGUUUAGAGGCAUGGUUCUCAAAGGGGGUCUUGGAACCCCCAGGGGUCCACAAAGUAUAGCCAGGGGGACUGUGAUGUUUUUUGUUUGUUUUAUUUUGUUACAAUGAUUGAAAUCACCACCCACUAUUACAAAAAUUAUUAUAUUUAUUAUUGAUUUCUUAGUGUUAUUCUUGCCAGCCCCUCCAAAUGUAUUGGACUGGCAAGGACAAUUCUAUUUUUUUAUUAUUUUUUUUUUUGCAAUACAUUGAAGACAUUUGGGUUUGACAUCAAAACAUAUGACAUGAUAGAUCAGAAUUUCAGCUUUUUUUACAGCUAGAUUUACAUCUAGAUGUGUUAAACACCUUUUGUUUGAACCAACCCAUUUUUUCAAGUGAUCAAAAAAAUACUGGAACAUGUGACUGAGGUGUUUCUUGCUGCCCAGGUGUGCUCUGUUAAAUUGAUUGUUUAAAGAAUGAAUGGCUCUGAAUGUCUACUCUUGGUUUGAGCCCUAUGUUGGUAAAAAGGAUAAACCAACAUGAAGACCAGAGAGCUGUCUAAAGGAGAAAAGCAAGCCAAUCUGAAGGCAAGAAAAAUUUAUCAGAGCCAUUGUACAAGCAUUGGGCAUAGCCGAUACAACAAUUUGGAAUGUCCUUAAAAAGAAAGAAACCAUGGUGUACGAACAACCAGACAUGGAACAUGCCAAGAAAAACAACAGCAAUUGAUGACAGAAACGUUGCGAGAGCUGUGAAGAAAACCCCCAAAACAACAGUUAGUCACCAACAACCUCCUACAACCUCUACAGGGCAGGGGUGAAGGUAUCACAAUCCACCAUUCAAAUAAAAUAUAGAGGGCAUACCAUAAAAUGCAAACCACUCAUCAGCAGUAAGAUUCAGAAGGCUAAAUUGGAAUUUGCAAAGAAAUACAGAGAUGAGCCACAAAAGUUCUGGAGCCAGAAUUAACCUCUAUCAAAGUGAAGGAAAGACCAAAUGAUCUGCUCAUGAUCCAAAACAUACGAGCUCAUGGUGGAGGUAGUGUCAUGGUUUGGGCUUGCACGGCUGAUUCUGGAACAGGCUCCCUAAUCUUUAUUGAUGAUGUAACUCAUGAUGGUAGCAGCAGAAUGAAUUCAGAAGUCUCCAGAAGUCUUUCUGGGGGGGGGCAAUUGGAAGUUUUUAGACUGACCAAGUCAAUCACCAGACCUUAAACCAAUUGAGCAGCAUUUCACUUCCUGAAGAGGAGACUGAAGGGAGACACCCCUCAAAACAAACAACUGAAAGAAAAGAAUAAUGCAACAGUUAGGUGAUGUCAUUGGGUCACCAGCUUGAUGCAGUUAUCGCAAGCAAAGGAUAAGCAACCAGAUAUUAAGUGUUAUUCAAUUUAGGACUAUCUGUUUUUAUGCUUUUACUCACCUAAAAAAUGGGUGGUCUGCCACCAAAGGUGCCAUGUUUUUAUUUAUAGAUGUAAAUAUGAGGAAAUGAAAGCUGAAAGUCUGAUCUAUUGUUUUAUAUUCAUCUUUUGAUCUCAAACCUAAAUGUCUUCAGUGUAUAGAGAAAGGAAUAAAAUUGGCCUUGUUGUUGCAAUACUUUUGGAGGGGACUGUAUUAGCCUGGUUUGUUUGGCACUUGAAUUGAAUGAUUAUAAUCCAAACCUCAGGAACUCAAAAACAAACAUGCAUCUGAAUAAUGUUGACUUGAACCUAAUGACACAUUGACAUUAUUUUAAAAAAUAUUUACUAAAAAUGAAAUUUGAUAAAAACUUGUUCUAUCCAAGGAAAAGAAUUAAAAAGCUAUGUGGCCCCAAUAAAUAGCCAAAAUACAAUAUAUUAUGCUGGACUAUGUUUGUAAAAAUAAAUCAGUGCUGUGAGGGUUCGCAGAUUUUAUUUAAAGUUAAAGGAGAUGCAAAAUGUUUCAGAACGACUGGUUUAGAAGAAGGUGUGUCAUGUGCACAUAGGUAUCACCAGCAAUGUUCUGCUUUAGUGUUUAUGUGAGAAUUGUACAUUGUGUAUGCUGACUCUGAAUGUGGAUGACUGAUAAACAUCGAUUAGAUGAAAAAAUGAACAUGUUUCUACUGAUGACCUUAUUGUGUGGCAAAGACAUUUUUUUCUCAGGCUCCCGUUUUCAAAUACUGCAGUGAUGCCACAUUUCUGCUGCCAGAAAGGGGCAGUAGAGGAGAGAUAACCUGUAUUACCUCAGCUGUAUUGGAGAACAAUUAUUUAUAUUGCGCUUAAAAGAAUUAUAGCACAGGUAUUGAGGCAGACACAAAUGUGACUGAAUGUCUGUGAAGUAUUUCUUAAUGAUGUAUUUUCAUCAUAGCAGGAACUAAAGAAUCCGAUAUAUUGUAAAAUAAAAAUAAUAAAAAAAUAUUUUUAAAAAAUCUGUUACCAGGCAGGUCACAAAGAGCUAAAAUGACUGUUAGAGCUGCAAACUUAUGAAUGAGAAAAAAAAACAUAUACAGGCGGCUGACACCUUAAAGAAAAAACAUGUUAUGCUGUAGGCAUUUUGCUGGCAUGGUUUGGGUCCACUUGUACCCUUCAAGCAAAAACUCACCUCAAGUCAUUACAAAGUUCUUCUAACUUAUCAUUGUGAUACAAACAUGACUGAUCAAAACAACUGACUGAUCAUUUGGAUCAUUUAGACUGACUGACUGAUCAUUUUGAUCCAAUCAUUGGAGUGAUGGGAGAUCUUUGGGAAGAAUGGUGUUCAUCGCUCCAGUACAGUUCCAGAGACUUGUAGAAUGUGGGCCAAGGUACAGUGCUGUGAAAAAGUAUUUGCCUGAUUUCUUCUGUUUUUGUGUACAUCUUAUACUAAAUAGUUUUAGAUCUUCAAAUGAAGUACAACAUAAAACAAAGGCAACCUGGGUAAACACACAGUAGUUUUUAUUUAUUUUUUAUUGAAGCAAAAAAAAAAGUUAUCCAACACCUCAUGUGGAAAAACUAAUUGCCCUCUUAAACUUAAAAUCUGGUUGUGCCACCUUUAGCAGCAAUAACUGCAACCAAACACUUCUGAUAACUGGAGACCAGUCUUUCACUUACUAGGACUUACUCUUGUGCUUUGGAUCAUUGUGUUGCUGCAUAAUCCAGUUGCACUUGAGUUCCAAUUUACGGACUGAAGACCGGACAGUCCCCUUUAGGAUUUUUUGCCAGAGAACAAAAUUCAUGUUUCCCUCAAUUAUCACAAGUUGCCCAGGCCCUGAAGCAGCAAAGCAUCCCCACACUAUCACACAUGCACCACCAUGUUGACUGUAGGUAUAAUGUUCCGUUUUGUGGAAUUCAGUGUUUGGUUUAUGCCAGAUGUAACGGGACCACUGUCUUCCACUUUCGACUCAUCAAUCCACAGAACAUUUUCCCAAAAUGUUUGAGGAUAUUCAAGGUGUGUUUUGGCAAAAUUCUGAAGAGCCUUAAUGUUCCUCUGUGUUAGCAGUGGUUUUCACCUCACCACUGUUCCAUGGAUGUCAUUAUUGCCCAGUGUCUUUCUGAUAGAGCCAUGAACAGUGAAGUCCUGUAGUUCCUUUGAUGUUGUCCUUGGCUCUUUUGUGACUUGCUGGAUGAGUCGUUGCUGUGCUCUUGGAAGAAUUGUGGAAGGUCGGCCACUUCUGGGAAGGUUCACUACUGUGCCAAGUUUUUCCAUUUGGUGAUGAUGGCUUUCAUUGUGGUUCGUUGGGAGUUCCAGAGUCUCCAAUAUUUGAAAUAGCUUUGUAACCCUUCCCAGACUGAUGUAUUUCAAUCACCUUCUUCCUCAUCAUUUCAGGGCUUACUUUCAAUCUUGGAUCGCCAUGAAAAUAGCCAUAGAAGCUGGCAUGGCGUUAAAUCACAAACAAACUUUAAUUUUUGGCAUAGUGUGUUAAUGGGUAAGACCUUUAACCAACGUCACGCUGUUGAAAAAAUUCUAUUUAAGUGUUGAUGUGAUUGAACAGGGUUUGCAGUAAUCAGGCCUGGGUGCAUCUAGUCCAUCUUAACCCCAUUAUGAAUGCAGUUUCAUAGAUUUGGGGAAUUAGUAACUAUGGGGGAAAAUACAUUUUCACCCAGGCUCAGUUGGUAUUGGAUAACUCUUUUGCUUCAGUAAAUAACAUCAUUUAAAAACUGUAUUUUGUGUUAAUUCAGGUUACCUUUGUUUUAUCUUAGAUUUUGUAUUAAUUUCUGAAACAAUUUUGUAUGAGAUAUACACAAAAACAGAAGAAAUGACUGUACACUGAAGCUGUUUAAGCAGCUCAUGGCGACCCAACCUUACUAAAACACUUUAUGAUGUUUUUCCCUUUAAUUUGUCACACAUCUGUAUUAAUUCUGACUUUAUACACAUUAAACAUAAGAGCUAAAUCAGCAUCUACAGUAUAGCACUUAAAUUGUGAUGCCCCACUGCACUUUGGGUAAUAUUUGUGCAGACGUUAUUGAAUGACGAGAUCUAUUUAUAUAUUGUGCAGAUUUAUAAUUCAUGUCUUGUUGAGUGUGUUUAUGAUGAAAUGUUUUGACAAAAGUUUUACAGUGUUUUUACAGGGAACACUGAGCAGUUCAGUGACACCACAGUGGUCUACUGUAUGUUUUAAUACUGUAACAUUUUUUUGUUAGUUCAGUGUUUGCUUGUAGUUUUACAUACUGUAUUAUGUUUCAGCUGCUCGGUAAUAAAAUUAUUAUGCUCUA